AUGCAGAGCCUCUUAGUCCGCAACACCGCAAGGCAGUCCAAAAUGCAAUCGGUGGAUUGUGACCCACAGAUAGGCGAUGAGAUGGACGAUGAGAUGAUGGACGUGGCAUGUGAGGCUUUGCGAGAGAUCGACGACGAUAAGGCGGAAGAGAUGGCAGCGAAGAUUUGGUUACAAGGCCUCGAGUAUGGGGAUGGUGUCAAUAUUAUGGCAAAUGCUGGGUUCAAGCAGGAUCUGGGCGAAGGUGGCGAUUUCGUAGUGAAGACCAAUUGGCGCGACCAAAGCUUCCACGCAUACCCGACAGCCAUUGGGGACACCAUCGACCAUGCCGACAAUCAUUGCUUGCUUCGAACCCUGAUCUUCUUGCGGGAGGUGCGGGAGAACAAACCGCACUCCGACGCCAAGCAGACGCUUGGGCUGCAAUUUGUUGAGUUGCUUAAGGCGCUUCUGGAAGGCAUCCUUGAAGUGCUGGAUUUCGACUUGGUCGACGUGGAGGAUCGACGAGACGGAGAUCUGGCCAAUCAAGUCGAAGCCACAGAGCUUUGGAAGACAUAUUGCCAGAACAUCGAAGCCAAACUCAUGACCAACCCCACAGUUGAGCUGACCGACAACUUUGAGUGCAAUCACACGUACCACCUGAACGGUGACGGGGUUUGGAAGUCAGCAGCGGACCAUGCGAAGUACCGGCUCACAGAGAGUCAGAACAAUCAGAACAUUUUGCAGCUAUUCCUGACCAAGGACGAGAAGUCGGGAAAAAAGAUCAACGGUGGCAAUGGCAAUACUAAUGGCAAUACUGAGAAUGCCAGGGUGCUGUCAUUUAUCGACAAGACGCACCUCCUCACCAACCCAUUGACGCCCUACCGGCCCAUUGUGCACAUCGACGAACAGCAAAUGAUCAUGGAGGCCCAUGACCGCGAGUUUCGGAAUGUUAGCGUUUGGAGGAUCAACCACGAUGAUUAUGUUGCGGAUACGGAUGUGAAGGUGGAAAACCCGGGUGGCUUCGAAGGCACUCUGUACCUGAGAGUGCAAGAAGAGGCGGUAACGGGCAAUGUCUAUGUGACCGGGCGCUGGGAUGCAGAGCAGGGCACUGUCCGUCCGCAUCAUUGGGAAUCGCAGCCCGGAAAUAAAAGCUUGAGCAUGUUGCAAGAUGAUUUCAACAAGGCUGGAUUGCUUGAUGCUUGCUGUGGCGACGGCUGUUGUUACCGAAGAGCGUGUCUUGUGCAGGUGCAGAAGAAGCUCAACGAACUGAACAUGGGGCAGAAUACAGCGGGCCCUGGUAAUUAG